AUGAGUACUGAGGCUAGCACUUCGACCACAAGCACUGAAGCUAGUACUUAUACAAUGAGUGCUGAGGCUAGCACUUCGACAGCCUCUACAAGCGGAGCUUCAGCCAGUGGAUCUGAAUAUUCGAAAUUUCCUAAACCAUACAGUGAACUUGAGGCAUAUUGCUCUCCAUUCAAUGCUGGUGGAAUGUUUUUGAUCGAAGAAUUCGCAUUAAAUCGACAUAAACUUCAAGAAUUAGCUGAAGAAUCCAGCAAAAAAAAUCAUGAAGAGAGUGCUCAACAACAAGUGGUUGAUGAACUGCAGGAAAAAAUUGAUGCUCUGCGUAAAAACUCAGGUCCAAUGUUGGAAAUCAUCGAGUUCGAAGCUGAUCUUGUUAUAGCAAAUGGCAUUCUUAGCGAACUUGAAAAAGAGAUGCGUGAACUUUUUGAACGCUAUUUCGAGCUAAUUGGGGAAAACGCAACAUUAAGAGAGGUACUCAAGGAGAAAGACCCAAAACUAUAUAUACCUGGAUCAUCAGGGGAUAAUUCAGAAGUGAUGAGUUUGAUGGAGCAUCCUUCAUUCGAGAAAUGCUUGGGUUAUUUCCUUGAUCGCUUAUCAAAGUGA